AUGAAUAUACGAAAUUUGAAUAUAAAAGAAACCUCACGAUUUUCUGCCUUUGUACCAGAUGCUUUUGGUUCAAAUCCAAGACAAUUGGAAAGUUAUUUUAAGCAAAUCUACACAUUUAUACCAGACCCAAGAAUUCCAAUCUCGCCAGCAGCUUUAGCAGGUGCCGCCGCCUAUAAGGCUGUUCGAGAUACUCCGCGUCCAACUUUUGAAAUACGACAUACAGAUGAAGUUGAUAGAAUAAGAGAAACUGCUGCUCGAGAAGCUUUAAAUUUACUUCGAACGUUUCCUUUACCUACUAUUGAUCCACAAAUUGUGGUAUUAUCAGCUGAAGCAGCUGCUCAUCGAUUAUACGAUCAUGAACAUUUCGCAAAGUUUUAA